AAGUUUAUCGAGCAAUUAAUUGAUGAUAAUUUUGCGUUUCCCCCCAACUGUUAAGGUUUUGAUGAAGAAGCAAGUGUCUGCCUCCGCCGCCAUGAUAUCACAAGACAAUGCUGAAGAAAUACUACUGAAUAUCCCAGUCGAGCUCGUCAUCGAGAUAUUCUCGAGGAUAUGCCGCUCAAGUGUAUCGCGAGGUGUCGUUCCGUCUCAAAGCGGUGGGCCUCCGUACUCCGCCGUCCUGACUUCACGGAGCUGUUCUUCACCAGAUCCCUGGCUCGCCCGCUGCUAUUGUUGGCCCGCCUAAAAGAGAAAGAGGUGAUCUUCUUCUCCACACCUCAGCCUCAAAAUUUGGGUGAGAAUGUGUCUCUUGAGCACGGCUACUAUUUAUCGAAUAUUAUCAAUAGAUUUUUCUGUAUUAGCCAUUAUCGGAUCCUAAGAGGGAAUAAAAUUCAACAGUGUUGUGGACCAUUAGGAAUUGGGAACAUGACAUGGAGAUUGAUUGAAUGUGACGUACCCCAUUCUUAUCCGGGGACAAAGUCUAUAUGCAUCAAUGGUGUUUUGUAUUACAAUGCUCGCGAUUCCAAUGGUGAUGAUAUGGUAGUUCGCUUUGAUGUCAGAUCUGAGAAGUACAGCUUUGUUAAUUUCAUUGAAAGACGAAUGCUUCCUGUAACGCUGAUAAACUUCCAAGGUAAAUUGGCUUCUGUAAGGUUGUCAAGGUAAGUUUAGAGAUGUGUAUUCUAGAAGACCCUGAAAAACAUGAAUGGUCUCAACGUAUUUUCAGCUUGCCUCCUAUGUGGAAGGGUGUUCAUGCAAGGGAGCACUUUUACUUUGAUGGAGUGACUGCUACAAAUGAAUUUGUUUUUUCUCCGUUCUUUCCAUCCAACCCUUUACAUGUUUACUACUACAAUUUCGUCAAGAAAACUGUAACCAAAGUUGAAAUCCAAGGAAUGGGAGCUUUUGAGAGGCGGCGAUCUAGAGUUGACAUAUUUCUGAACCAUGUAGCAGACGUGAAGCUUAUGUAGUUGUUUUAGGACUUUGUAACGGAUGCUGGCUCUUAAGUUAUUAUCUUGUGGUCUUGAUUAGAGACUUUAUCUUUCACUUGCUUUUGAGUUUUUGCUAUAACUUUUUUCAGUUCUUGGAAUGAAUAUUCUCAGUUGUCUACCA